AUUUGAACGAUUAAAGUUCAUCUGCCCAUGAAACCCAGUUUGUGGAGAGACUGAUAGCCAGUUAUGUGCAGAUCUCUAUCUACCAUUUCCCUUUGUCCGCAGGUGCCCAGAGUUAAUAAUCGUAGUAUGUUAUUACGGGAGCUGGGCGCAGCUGAGGUCCGGCACCGGUCGACUUACCUCAGCCAACAUUGAUGCCUCACUCUGCACGCAUUUCAUAUACUCCUUUGUGUUUCUGAAAAACGACGCCAUAGUCCCGACUGAUGUAAUGCCACAAUUUGAUCAGUUCGUGGCAAUCAAGUCUCGGAACGCUCAGGCAAAAGUCUUGCUUGCGGUGGGUGGAUGGACCGCAGGAGUGGCAGAGUUUCAGGCCACCGCCCGCUCAGCCACCCGAACUCAGGCGUUCGCCCAAAACGCAAUCAGCUUUCUGCGAACCAAUGGAUUUGAUGGUCUGGAUCUCGACUGGGAAUUCCCGGGCCGGUCUGAUCGCGGAGGCGUGGCACGUGACAAAACUGACUUCACCAGCUUCAUACGGAUUAUCUACCAGGCGUUCCAGGCCGAGACGUUACAGCCGGGAAGUCAACGCCUGAUCCUCUCUGCUGCCGUGUACGCCUUCCCCUCGGCCUAUGACGCCUACGAACUGGAUAAAAUCGGCGAUUACUUGGACGAAAUUGGUAUAAUGACAUACGACAUAGAAGGUUCGUGGAAUCGGUACGCUGGUUUCAAUGCCCCUCUACCGAACGUGAUGAACUCCAUUGACGAAUACAUUGCCGGUGGUGUUCCCAGAAAAAAGCUACACAUGGGCCUCGCCUCAUAUGGUCGGACCUUUCUUCUGACCAACCCCAAUCAAUUCACCCCUGGCAGCCCCACCGCCGGCAGCGGCAGUCCCGGGAUGUUCACAUCAGAGGCAGGAUCCCUGGCUUACUACGAGAUCUGUAACAACAUAAGAACCCAAGGUUGGACGCGCCGCUGGUGGCCUUCGACCAGCACUCCAUACGCCCAUUUUAACACCGAGUAUGUGGGCUAUGAUGACCUGGAGAGUUUACAACAGAAGGUAGCCUAUAUAAAAUCACAAGGACUGGGUGGAGCAAUGUUGUGGUCAUUAGAUCUGGACGACUUCGGGAACUUGUGUCAGAUGGGCAGUUUUCCCCUUCUAACAGGGAUUAACCAGAUGCUGGCUGGAAACUUCGUCUUACCCAGUACAGUCUCGCCACCCCCAACCAUGCCCACGACGAAGACGGCAUGUGUAACAACUUUCGACUAUACCACUUUCUGUGCGCGUGCUGAUACGCUAAGUAAGAAUUACAGGGAUCCUCUGAAUUGCGCCCAAUUUUUCACCUGCCUGGACAAUCUCUACCGAGGUUUGCAGCCAUGUCCCACGGGACUCUUCUAUAACGAGGUGGCUAACGCCUGUGAUUACAAAGAGAACGUCCCUGCCUGUCAGGAGGCGGCGUCAUGUACAGAAACGACAACGUCUUCACAGCAAAGAACCACAACCACUACCGCAACCACAUUCUCAUCGACCAGAAGCACAACCACCAAACCACUUAGCACAACCACACAGGACAAUGGGCCGUUGGCUCAGUUUUGUGUCGGGAAAACGGUGGGUGUUUACAUAUACGAAGAGGACUGUCAUUAUUUUGUACAGUGUCCAGACGGCGUGGCCGGAGGAGUUCUAACCAGGUGUGCGGCUAACCUGGCCUUUAACGGUGAACUCUGUGACUGGGAGAACAAGGUCCCAAGGUGUAACACUGGAACUGUCACAACCACUCAAGCUCCUCAGACCACGUGCCCCAGCUCCGGCCUGGUGUACCUCCGUAAGCCGGACGACUGCUCCGCCUACUACAUCUGCUGGGCUGGAGUACGCUACGAGAGUAAAUGCAGUGGAAAUUUGUACUUCAGCGAGGAUGGAUACUGUGAUUUCCCGUGGAAUGUAGACUGUUCGUGAGCUCUGUGCACAUGAAUUAUCCAAGUGACAAAUGCAAUCUCCCGCUGCUAUAUGCUUCUAAAGCUAGGACCUUAGCCCGCGACAGGAUACUCUUUGUGCACCACACGACAUGGAGACACUACCAGAGUAUUACAUGUCGCUUUUAUAACAUUUCUAACCUCUCACCACAGACACAACUGUUGGCUCUCAUCCGCCAAGCAACUGAAUACAAAUGGUGCAUUUCUUUGUUCGCAUGUGAUGUGGUUGUAUUACCUUUCCUAUCAAUUCUACUUGUGUAUACAUGUCUAUUAAGUCGGCGGAGAAUAAGCUAUGGCAUAUAUCGUGACAUGGUGGCAUAUAUCGUGACAUGGUGGCAUAUACCGUGACAUGGACAUUCCUUGUUUAUAUUGGCAUUUUCAUGAUUAUGUCAAAUAUUACCUGUGACAAGAAACAAGUAUUUAUAUGAAGAAUCACGAUGAAAACUUUGAUGAGAUAUAGUGAACAGAUCUUGAAUGGCUGAAUGAUUGUAAUAGUAAAUAAAUCAUAUAUAGCUUUU